UCUUCAUUCAGCGGCAGUGCGUGUGCGUGUUAAGUUGGUCGUCUAGUGCUCACAAGCUCGUGUGGUCGGUCGGCGUUGAUCCACCCCUCUGCUAUUGUUCUCGCCUGGAAGCCAGACAGACAGACAGUAGACCCCUGGGGUCCCCGUUCACACCCCUUCUCAUCGGUUGCCACGUGGUGCUACGCCUCUUGUCCCACCUCUCUCAUCGCCAUGACCCACCCUCAACCGCCUCCAGCUUCGUGAUCGCGCCCAACGCUGACCUCCAAUUGUACUUCUACUACUACUACUACUACUACUCCCACUUCUCCUCCUCCUUUCACCAAGUCGAAAAGAUAUCUCAGUGAGGGCUUGUCCAACGACUGACUCGUGUAUUCUACUACUACUACUACUAUUGUUAUUAUUACUACUACCAUCACCACCACCACCACCACAACCACGAUCAUUCCUCUUCUACAUAAUCCAAUUAAACAAAAACUACUCUGCCCUCUGAGUGGGACACUACAACCAUUACCACCACCUCCAACAACAUUGUUUCACCACCAACACUACCACCACUGUUUGUGUGUGUGACGUUGUCCUCGCUCGAUAACUAUCCGUAUCCAUACUAAGAAUCUCCAUUUGUGUGCAUUUUUGAGAUCCUCUCUUGGGAUUUGAGGAAAUCGCCCAACACAUUGCAACUCCUGCAACACUUCUGCUUCUGCUUCUACCACUACUACAGUUCUACCGCUACUCCUCCGCUCUGCUUCAUGUCAUUGCUUGAUUUGUCCUGAUCAUUUAUCCUUCUAUUCAUUCACUCACGUGCGUGUUUGGCUUUGAGGCGUUUUAAUAACCAGGCUGAACCCUGCCACGCCUCAUCCACACACGUCCCUCCAACACCGCCAACGUCCCAUUCUCUCCUCUUUAUCUCAGUGUUCGGAUUUUCAUGACUAAACGGACCAUGGAUCCUCAGCAACCCAAUGGGACUGCAGACUACAUGGUCCAGUCCCAAGGUUCACCCCUCAAUAGUGGGGAUGGAGCCAAUGGCAUGAUCAAUAACAAUGAUGCAAAGAGGGCCAAAUUGGAUAACAUGAAGCCUGGGAAUCCUUCCCGGGUGAUCCACAUCAGAAACAUACCUCCGGAUGUGUCCGAAGCUGAGAUAAUUCACUUGGGCAUUCCUUUUGGUCGUGUCACCAAUGUACUCGUGCUCAAGGGCAAGAAUCAGGCCUUCCUCGAGAUGGAGGACGAGACCUCGGCCUCGGCCAUGGUGAACUAUUUCACCAACUGUGUGGCCCAACUCCGAGAGAGAUCCGUCUACGUGCAGUUCUCGAACCAUAGGGAGCUCAAAACAGACCAAACCCACAGCAACGCCAGCGCCUCGGCCCAGGCAGCCCUUCAAGCCGCACAAGCUCUUUCGGGCCAAGAGACCAACAAACCCUCGGGAGGACCGAAUACGGUUCUCCGAGUCAUCGUGGAGCACAUGGUGUAUCCGGUGACCCUGGACGUGAUCUUCCAGAUCUUCUCCCGUGUUGGAAAGGUCUUGAAGAUCGUGACUUUCACCAAGAACGGUACCUUCCAGGCCUUGAUACAGUACCCCGAUGUGAUCAUGGCCCAAGCGGCCAAGCUCUCUCUUGACGGCCAAAAUAUCUAUAACGCUUGCUGCACGCUCCGCAUCGAAUACUCGAAGCUCUCUAACCUGAAUGUCAAGUACAACAAUGACAAGAGCAGAGACUAUACCAAUCCAGCCUUGCCCACCGGGGACCCCACCAUGGACUCAGCCAUGCAAAUGAAUGCGACGAGUAGCGCCCCAGGCGUACUGGGCUCGCCUUUCUCAGCCACGAUGGGUCUUAGUAACCCGUUGACAGCAGCCGCGGCGGCGGGUGCCUACGGCUCUCCGGGCGCACUUACUUCGGGCAUCGCAGGCUUAACGGGCUUUCCUUUAGGUAGCGGGGGUGCCGGCCCGCAGCCUUACGGCCAGACUGGCAUUAGAUUCCCCGGCUCUCAGAACGGCUCCGGGACAGUUCUGCUUGUUUCGAAUCUGGACGAAACCCAAACCGAGUGCGACCACCUGUUCAUCCUAUUUGGCGUCUACGGUGACGUCCAUCGCGUCAAAAUUCUCUUCAAUAAGAAGGACACGGCCUUAGUUCAGAUGGCCGAGGCUCAACAAGCCAUUCUGGCCAUGACUCAUCUGGACAAGGUCAAGCUGUGGACCAAGCAGAUCCGUGUGAUGCCGAGCAAGCACACCAGUGUUCAACUGCCCAAGGAGGGACAACCUGAUGCGGGUUUGACGAAGGAUUAUGCCACGUCGAAUUUACACCGCUUCAAGAAGCCGGGCUCGAAGAACUACUCGAAUAUCUACCCUCCGUCCGCCACCCUCCAUCUGUCCAACAUCCCUUCCUCGGUGGAGGAGGAAGACCUGAAGAAUGCCAUCAAGAACAUCGGCCUCAGUGUGCAAGCAUUCAAGUUUUUUCCCAAGGAUCGUAAGAUGGCCUUGGUCCAAUUGAACUCGGUGGAGGAUGCCAUCAUUGCCUUGGUUAAGUUGCACAACUUUCAACUUAGCGAGACCAGCCACCUCCGCGUGUCCUUCUCCAAAUCUACCAUUUAAUCAGCCGCUGUUUCAACCACAGGUCACAGUGAACGAUAAUGCCUACAACCGGUUGGCCGCUGAGUUUGCCGAGCGCCAAAAGACGAAAUAACAACAGCAAUUGGAACAACCAAACACAAAAAAAACAAAGAAGAAAAAGAGAAAGGCGUAUACGCACACACAGCAUAACAGCCAUGAUGCCAACGUUAUGUACUACAACAACAACAACAAAACAA